GGUUGAUGUUAUUAAUAGAUCUCUAUAUGGAAAUACAGAACUGGAAGGGCUGAGAGGCGGCCUGGUAGUCUAGAUAAUCUGCCUCUGGACAAUAUUAUAUUAAAUAAGCAAAGUACAUUAGUGUUAGAUUAUUUAGGAGUGACCUCUCUUCAGAUUCUUUUGCGCAGGAAGUGUGUGACUACAGAGGCUAUAGUGCUAGGAGACAUUCCAGAGCUUACAAAAAACGCUUGUAAGGAACCUCCUGCCUUCCAGGGAUCUUUCUUAAAGUAACUGCAGAUAAAUUCCUCUUCAUUAGCACCUUUUCUGCCUAAAUUAAACAGCUUUGAAAUCCACAGACUACUUACUGUCUCCUAAAGAAUAAGAAUAUGUAAGUCUUUAAUUUUAAUCAUCUCUAAAUCUGAGUGUCUACUUACGAAUCUUCCCUGUUAUGUGACUGAGAAUCUUUUUGACAUCACAGCUGUUUCCUAGCAACCUUGACCCAAGUGAAUUAUGAGCUCCUUCCCUCUUUUGUGGGGUGGAUGGACUAGACUGAGAGGCAGGGGGAUUUAGGGAUCUUCUCCCCCAGAAUGUAUCUUCUGGUACCCUUGGGAAGGAAGAGUGCCUGCAAGUGAGAAACUGCAUUUAAUAUUGCCUGUCUUGCUACGCAUUGAUUCUAGAAGACCUCGUGGCCCUUGCCUUCAUGAAUUUUCAUUUCUCUUUAACAUUCCUUACACAUGAAGAGUGUUUCACACUUUACAAAGUGUUUUCAUGUGCAGUUUAUCAUUUGAUGUUCAAAGUGACCUUCCUGAAAUAGGCAAGAAGUUCUUAAUUUACAAAGGAGGAAACAAAUUCAGGAAGAGGAAGUCACUUGCCUCUUAGUCCAGAGUCCUUAAUCCUUUUAAUAGGUUUAGGAGCAUUUAAAGGUGAUGAUGGCUUAAUUCAAAUUAAUCCUCUCUUUUUUAGAGUCAGUAUUUGAUUUCUUAUUUGGUCAGAUUUAACAGGGAUUUUGAAAUUCCGAUCCCAUAAUUUGGAAAGGGUGAGGAACAGUAUAGCCUCAGUGGGCAUUGAGGUUAUUUGGAAAUUCAGCUUCUGAAGCCUUUUUAUCUGUCUUCCCAAGAGGUGGAUUUAAAUUCAUUAAAAAGAUAUGAAAAGAGUGAAGACUUUGGGAAGGUAGUCGUUAGCAAACAGAUAGUAAAGCAGCAGUGCUGUGACUUCUCUGCCUGUGGCCUCACCUGUUAGUAAGGACUGGACUUUAAUUGUAAGUUUUUAUUGACAAUGCAUGCAUCAUAUCUUUUGACUUUGAAAGCUGUCUUAUGUCAAAGGAAUUGAGUUGUGAUGUGGUGGUGGAUUUAGCUGGAACACCUCAGGUGUUGGCUGAGGGUAGUGAAGUACCUGCUAAGACAUGAAGACUUCGGCCACUAGUUUCAUCCUUGGGAGCCUGGUGUUGGCCUUCUGUCUACCUUUGGUGGUGACUUUACCUAAAACACUGGCCAUCCCUGAGAAACUGCAAGAAGCUGUGGGGAAAGUUGUCGUCAAUGCCACAACCUGUACUGUCACCUGUGGCCUUGGCUUUAAGGAAGAGACUGUCUGUGAGGUGGGCCCUGAUGGAGUGAGAAGGAAGUGUAAAUCUCAGCGCCUGGAAUGUCUGACCAGCUGGCUCUGCGGAAUGCUCCAUUUCACCGUUCUCAUAGGGAAGGAGUUUAAGCUGAGCUGUCUGAGUCCAGACAUCCUGGAGAUCGGGCAGGAAGCUUUCCGAUUCACCUGGAGACUUGCUCGGGGAAUCAUCUCAACUGAUGAUGAAGUCUUCAAACCCUUCCGAGCCAGUUCCUACUUUAUAAAGUUUCAGUCCAUUCAAGAGUAUGACUCUGGGACCUAUCGGUGUGAUGUGCAGCUGUUAAAAAACUUGAGACUUGUCAAGAGGCUCUAUUUUGGGCUGAGGGUCCUUCCUCCUCAUUUGGUGAACCUGAAUUUCCAUCAGUCCCUUACUGAGGAUCAGAAGUUGGUAGACGAGGGCCUGGAAGUGAGUCUGGACAACUAUUCCAGGCUGCAGCACCCACCGUGGAGGAAGAAGGUGACCGUAGCUGUGGGCGUGGGAGUCGCCGGUGGCGUGACUGCUGGUGUGUUGGUGAGCACCGCCCUCUGUGGCGGGCUUCGGGUAGCCCACAGCAGUUCCAGCCUUGAGACCUUACAACCUUUGCUGCCAAAGGGCGGGAGGCUCAGGACGCCAGACUAGGUUUUCAGGGGAGUGUUCUGGCUGCCUGCUUGUGGGCUGGCUGAGAGGCAGGCUUCCAUUACCAAAGAGCUGAGCGGAGCGUGUGGGGCAGGCAGCAUUUUGGUGGCUGUGGGCAAGUCUCUGACUGUGUCCGGGGUGGAUCUCUCCCGGCUCUUCCCUGCCCACCAGGUGCCCGGGAACCCUGACUGCAGGCAUCUCCCUACUCCUGGGAAGAGCUGUGUCUUCCACGUUUGCAUUAAUUUCCUGCCCUUUACAGCUCGUAUGCCUCCCAAUGUGAUCUCCCUUCUGAGCAGUAUAAUCAUGUAGAAGGAUAUGAUAGCUUUUCUAGUGAAAGCAGUUUUUUCCUCUUCAAUAAAAUAAUUCACAAUAACUGUAUGGAGACCUAACCUUUUCUGGUCUUUAGUGUAAAAUUUCUUGUCAGUCGUUCAAGUUGUCCGACAUAGUCAGUCUGGUUGGGUUAAACUCACCAGUUUUUAGAAUAGAUACCGAGCAAACCGCUUUGUUCGUGGCAUAUAACCAUCUGUGGCAGAGCCAAGGGUGAUGACUGCAGACUCGAGUGUGUAAGAGACAGUCCCUGAAUCUUAGUAAGUCAUUUGCCACCCUUACGCCUCCCAGGUGAAGCCUCUGUGCUCAGGGCUAAAUUGAAUUCCUGGCGAAACAUUGGGUUUUUCUGCUGGUAGAUUUCCCCUGAACGGUUUCUCGGCUUGCUUCCUGAUCCUAUCCUUCUAGCAGCUUCAGUGCCCUGGAGCUUAUGUUGCUGAAGAGGUCAGGUGCAUUGGUUUCUUACAGCAGUCAGGGCCCCCUGAGGAAGGACUAGUACCUUCCUUCCUCAACAGGAAAUCCAGUCUUAAGAGGUCAUUCAGACUGUGUCUGAGAUAACUGACUUGGCUUGUGGAACCAUCAGGGAAAUGGCUCUUGGGCCACCAACUGAACUGAUUCUAUUUGAGAGAAUUAGCAUUUCUUCCCUUCACUUCGCUGUCAGUACAGACGAAGUAGCAGAAAUAAGACUUGGACCAGUGAUUAUCUUCUCUGGUCAUAUGUGUGAGUCACCCAGAUAAGCUUUCGAAAACUAAGAUUCCCGAGUCCCAAUCUGAGGAUGCUAACUCAGUUUAUUUUUUUUUUUGCUAACUCAAUUUAAAUUAUGACCAAUGGAUCUCUGUUAUUUAUUCUAUUUUAAAUAAAAAAUUCAAGCCCAU